UAUUUGAGACGUAACGCUUCGAGAAUAUCGUCCAGUCAGUUUCUCGUUGUCAUUGUCGUUUUAGAAGUGUUCGGUGCAAUUUAGGAAAAUGGAAGCCAGACGUAUCGCCGCUGAGAAGGAAAAAAGAAUGAAGGCCAAAAUUACUACUAUCGAUGUGAAGGAUAUAAGGUUUCCGACAUCGUUAAAUCGUGAUGGAAGCGAUGCAAUGCAUACCGAUCCUGAUUACUCUUGCGUGUAUGUAACAAUUAAAACAAACAAAAAAGGAUGUGAAGGAUAUGGUCUUACGUUUACCUUGGGAAGAGGAACUGAAAUCGUUGUACAAGCAUGUAACGCUCUAGCCAAGAUCGUGUUGAAUCGGAAACUAAAAUGGAUUUACAAGGAUUUUGCUAAUUUUUGGAGACGUUUAACGAGCGACUCGCAACUGCGAUGGGUCGGACCGGAGAAAGGUGUGAUACACCUAGCUACAGCAGCUAUUGUAAACGCAUUGUGGGACUUGUGGGCGCGUGUCGAGGAAAAACCUGUCUGGAAGCUUCUUUCGGACAUGUCACCCGAGGAACUCGUUUCCGUCAUAGACUUCAGAUACGUUAAAGACAUAGUGGACGAGAAGAUUGCGAUAAAAAUACUUGAGGAAAAAAUGAAACUUAGACAAGAACAAAAAAAUAAGCUGCAAAAGAACGGAUAUCCCGCGUACACCACUCAAGUCGGAUGGCUGGGCUACAGCGAUGACAAGCUCAAGGAUCUUUGCAAGAGCUUUCUGGACUCCGGUUACACGGCGUUCAAGAUCAAAGUGGGCCAGGAUCUGCAGAACGACAUUAAAAGGUGCGAGAUUAUACGCGAGGCGAUAGGCGAUGAGAACAAAUUGAUGAUGGACGCGAACCAGGUGUGGGACGUGAACGAGGCGAUCGAGUGGAUGAAGGAGCUGAGGAAGUUUAAACCCACCUGGAUAGAAGAACCGACGUCACCCGACGAUGUCUUCGGACACGCUCAGAUUCUCAAAGAAUUAAAGCCGUACAAUAUCGGAGUGGCCACCGGCGAGAUGUGCGCGAAUCGCGUUAUGUUCAAGCAGUUCCUGAAACACCACGCGAUCAACUAUUGCCAGGUCGAUUCGGCGAGGAUCGGCGGGAUUAACGAGCUCCUGGCUGUGUACUUAAUGGCAUACAUAACUAAAAUACCAGUUUGUCCGCAUGCCGGUGGAGUAGGUUUGUGCGAGAUGGUUCAGCACCUCCAAAUGUGGGACUACGUUUGCUUAAGUCAGACCAAUGAAAAUCGCAUGAUAGAAUACGUGGACCAGCAGCACGAGCACUUCGAGGAUCCCGUUCGCAUUAGGAAUGCGCAUUACAUGCCGCCCGAGCGUCCUGGAUACUCGACUAAACUUAAAGAAGAGACCAUCUCAGAGUACGCCUAUCCAGAUGGCAAUUAUUGGAAAAACAAGAUUGCUAAAGAAAAAGAAACUGAGGAAAGAGAUGAUUAGAGAUUUUUUUUUUUUCAAAGAUUCAACUGUAUUUAUAAUUCUUUUAUAAAAACAAUCUACGUAAAACUGCAUAUACAUCUUUAAAAGAUACAACAGAUAUAUAAUAAAUACCAGAACAGAUAUUACAACAAAUGAGAUAUAUGCACGCUUAUAUACAUUUAAUAUAAAAAUAAAAUUGUAAUGCGAUCUCACUUAAUUUUCAAUAAACAUAUAAUUCUUUGUCGUA